UCUUAUCCCAGCCUCCGGCGUUUUCACAGCAGUACGCCCCUUCGGCUCCUCCGCUACCAUCUAAUGUUGUCUCAUCUUCCGUGUUACCUGCUCCUUCUGCUUCCACCUUUCCUUCCCCUCCCCCUCCCCCUAUUGCUCUCCCUCCUCCUCUUCUUGCUCCUCCUCCCCCAGUACCUCAAGCUUUUGUUACUAACGGCGUGUCCCACGAAUCAGAAAUGACACCAUCCUCUAAUGCACUAGUUUCAUAUCAGCCGCACCAGGUGGUCCCGUAUCAAGGAGGGACGGGCUGGAACUCGUGGAAUUCCAGGCCCAGAUCUGCUGAGGGAGAAAUUUUGGUGCUGGUAUGGGAGUUAGCGUAUGAUCAUAGAGAAUUAAGGAAAUCACGUAGAUUGGAAAACGAGCGAAGAAUGAGGGAAGAACGAGGGAGGGUUGCGAAGGAUGCAGAGAUGAAAAGGAUCGAGGAAGAGGCACGAAAAAAGGCAGAAAAAGAGGCUCGAUUGGCCAAGAUGAUGGAUGAAAAAAUGAAAGAAAUAAAGAAGAAGAGAGAAGAGGAUAAUAGGAAGUUGUGGGAAAAGAUUGUCGUGAAAGACUGUGAGACUGCCGAAGGAGACAACCCGGCAAGCAACGCUGACAAAGCCAAGAACAAGGGACAAGACGAGAUCACGGGUGUUCCAGCAGGGCAGCCUUCCAACCCGAGGCAGCGCGUCAAUGAAGUCGGUGCUCUGGACGCAGGGCUGUUGCUCAUGAACAUUGACAACGUGCAGCGUGCUCAGGCACAUCAGAACCUGAUGAUGGAACGGACGGAGAAUCAGCAAAAUAUGAUGUUUGAGCGCGUUAUCGGUUUGAUUGAGAAGAUCGAAGCUUCUAAUCGAAGCGCCGCCAAUCCACCACCUGCAGAUCAUGUCCAGGCUGUGGCUGUUGAGGCCACGACUCCACCGGUUGCCCCGGUUGAAACUGCAGCAGGAGGAUCUCGGGCUGAACCUCAGCGUUUUCGAAACAUACGCACCGCUCCAACAGCUGCGCCACUGCCGGUUGCUCGUCCUCAACCGCAACCUCUGACUGUGUCACAUCAGCCUCAACAUCCAACGGUUGUUAUCUCGGAUGAACAACCCUCUGAUCAACCUAUAUCACCUCCUGCAGCGCGCUCUCCUGUUCCCCCUAAUCCUCCUAUUCCCCCUCAACCUGCGCACGCUCUAACCAGCACACCUCUCCUCCUCCCGCUCCUCCACUUGCGCCAUCUAGUAGAAGAGCACCUGGUAUUGUCAUCCGGGAGCAAGCUCUGAUGAAUGCUAACUGUCUGGUUACACGAAGCAUGGCGACCCCGGCAGGUGAACAGACUCAAGACAAUCCAUGUACGUCGCGUCUACAAGCAGAGACUCCGGUGGGUAGCGCCAGAUCGACGGGUCGACUCGCUGAGGUGUUUCCUUCAGUGGCUGGCACAGCCAGCCGUAUGAGAGGGAGCCUAUCUGCUGCUAGAUUUAGUAUGUCACCUGGUCUUGGGUUCAAUCGGGUUAGAGAAGGGAGUAAGGCCGUGGUUGCGAACCAUGGCCCUAGGGGCAGGAGGAAGUAUAGAGAGGAAAUGGAGAAGGUACUCAUGGCGAUGUAUAAGAACGAGUUAGUGGAAUUAUGCAACAAAGAUAAGGUUAAAUA